AAGGCAUCCCUAACCCUUAUCUAUUCCGACACUUGAUCCUCCAUCUAAACAAUCCUUUAUUGUUAGAAACAAUCUCUUCAUACCAUAUAGCCAAGAAUUGAAAGAAUUUUUAGUUGUCUAUGAUAAAUUUCUUUCCAUAAAUUCCCCCCUACCUACAAUUGAAUAUGGCAUGCACGAAAAAAAAAGCACAUUCUGUUGGUCCUUUUCAACCCCAAAAUCUUCCCACAUUACAACUUUUCAUACAAAAUCUCUCUUCCUCUCUCUUUUUGCUCAGUAAUCUGGUCUUUGGGAAGGGUUAUUCGGAGCUUAAUCAGUUCCAAUGGCAGACGAUCAUGCAGCAUCUUCUCAAAUUUGUACCAUAAAAAUGGAUAUCAACUGCUGUCAAAAGUGCCCUCUAAAACUGGAGAGAAAGCUCCUCAAAUCAAAUGGAGUGAAAUCUGUCACUAUAGACCAAGAUAAAGGGCUGGUUACAAUAGCAGGUGACAUUGACCCUGUUGUACUCUUGCAAAAAAUAAAAGCUAUGGGGAAAGAAGCCAAACUCUGGUUCUUUCAACAGGAAUCUGACUGCAACGAGAAAACCACUGAGCGUUUGAAGAGUGGUUCGAACAUCGAACAUGGUGGCACUGGAUCUGAUAGUAUCACUGAGAAUGAAACACACUUUGAUUGGCAUUUGGCAACGGGCAUGAAGGAGCACGAUCGGGGGUUUCAGAGCUUGCCUACUAUGUCUUCUGAUGUUAAUGGGUGUUCAUAUCCCCGGAGCUUGUCGCCUGCUAUGUCUUCUAAUGUUCAUGCAUAUUCGUAUCCUCAGAGCUUGCCUCGACUUGGUAACCGACCUAUGUGGCCAUAUCGGCAAUCAGUUCCUCGCCAUCGGCUCACACCUCAUGGUUACUACUUGCAGCCACAUCCGCUGCCUGCUUACCGUCACUUUCAGCCUUGGUCUCCUCCUAGAGCUAACCCUAUGGUGCAUUAUACUGACUAUGCAGACAACUAUAGGUUAUAGUUAAGUUCAAAAGACAAUGUG